AUGAUGGCUUCUAGACGAAGUAUCCAGGUUCAGCCAGACUACACAUUUUCACGUCCCAUGGGCGGAGUCAUCAACCCUCCCCGAAGCUCGAACUUUCCAGACGUAGCAGUAGCAGCAGCUGCUGCAGUGGCUAACUACGAGAAUACUUUCUAUGCACGAUCGAGUGCUGCCUACACAUCUGGUCGUCCUGCCUAUAGUCCCACCUCACCCUCAGUCGGUCCGGGAACUUCAUCUAAUCGACCCGUCUCUAUGUAUGCAUCAAACAACUUCACGACAGGUGCCUCCAAUGCACUCUACGGAAUGCCUGGGCCUAGUUAUAAAAAAGCUUAUCCCUCUCCUGCCGCUACUUGGGAUGCACAAGGACGUCUUUCACCCGAAUCCUAUUUGGACGAUUACAUGAAUUCCCCAAAUGUUUCAGACUACUUUCUGGACUCUUCAGCCAAAGCGAUGGGAAAGUGCAAGGGAGACGGAAAAGGUCAUUCGCAGCAGCGCCGUCCUUCAAAUCGCGACGAAUUUGAUGGGCCUCAUCAAUUUUUACAACGCCCACCCCCUGAAUAUAUUGCGCAACAAGAACGCGACUUACCGCAUCUCCCAACGAAUCUAGUGGUGCAUGAACAGGAUAGUAUCCUCACGCAAGUCAAUGAUCGCCUCUCUCAAUGCGCAUUUGACUUCGUAGCCAAGUAUCAAUUUCCAAUUCCAUUGGCUAACGGUGAAAUGAGGCCGGUCGAGCGACCUCAAGAUCGAGAGUGGACCGAAUGGGUAUACCUUCUCAAACGGCUUGCCACCAAAAGACGAAUUCCGGCUCGUGUACUCUAUAAUGGUCAGAUCAAGCAGUUCAUUACUAUACUAGAAAACUCGCUCGAAAUGCGUCAUGCUGCUAAACAUCAAUCUCGUCCGCUCAAGGACGAUCGGAAUAUUCUACAGCUGAUCUCUGCUGGUAUCCAAGUGGCUAAAAUUCUGAAGGAUGCCUCGGCAAUGGACUAUUUAGAUCGCUUGUACGUGACUACAGAAAAACGAAUACAGGAGCGAAGUUCGGCAAGAUACCGUCCCUGA